AUGACUGAUCAUCAUCAUUAUUAUUAUAACAAUAAUCCGCCAUUUGGUCAACAACCUCUAUUUAAUACCCCGCAAUUUAGUCAUCAAUCUUCAUUUAACAACCAAUUUCAAUUUAAUAAACCACCACAACAGAUAGAAAAUGAAAGUCUUACUUGUUUUCAUAUGUAUAGAAAGUUAAUCAAAUGGAUGACAUACAUUUUAAUAGUAUUGGUUCUAGUCCUUUUGUUUAUUUAUUUUUUAGAUGAAGAUGAUGAAGAUUCUAUUUACUCAAUGUUUUCAACAUUUAUAUUUUUAAUAUAUCUCUCUAUAUAUCUAUGUCUUUAUUUCUUAUAUUUUUUAUUAUCUUGUUGUAAUGAUAAUAAAAAAUAUAAUAGAAUAAUUACAGUAAAUGGUGUGAGUUAUGUUGAAAAUGCGGAAGAUGAUGAUGACAAGAUAGAGAAGGGUGUUAAUUGCGUUAGUUUUUUAUUUAAUAUCCUUAAUUUAAUUACAAUAAGUAAAAGGAAGAAAAAUAAUAAAUUUUAA